AUGACUGAGGAGCUUGAACCGGAAGACCUCUUGAGUGAAUCGCUUGUGACCAUCUUUGAGGAUGUGCCAGUCUCUCAUGGUGAACCAGGCGGACACCUCACUCACAAGACACAAAACUAUGGGGACAUCAAGCUCAAGCUCGUCAAAACAGACACAGACACUGAGCUACACAAAUUUGCACAUCAUCUCUGGGUGUCUGAGCUUGAGCUCGCUGCUCAGAUGGAUGCAGGCCUCGUAGCAAUCAAAGGCCUUCGAGUACUGGAACUCGGUGCUGGAGCCGGUCUUUGUGGGAUCAUAGCCGUCAAAGCAGGCGCAAAGCAUGUGACCCUCUCCGAUUACCCGGGUGCCAAAAUUCUUGCCAACUUGAGAGAGAACGUCUCCAGCAACUUGCUCACGCGUGAACAAGACGCAGCGUGUGUGGUAGGGCACAUCUGGGGCGACUCUGUUGAACCACUCUUGGCACAAAAAGGCACAUUCGAUGUUAUUCUACUAGCUGAUUGUCUAUGGCUUCCAGAGCAGCAUGCCAAUCUCGCACAGACACUUGCAAACACACUGAGUCGUUCAUCAGAGUCCAAGAUUCACUGCAUCGCUGGAUUCCAUACAGGCCGCAAGAAGCUCUCUGGCUUCUUUGAUUACAUUGCAGACGUGGGACUCGAAGUGAAGGAAAUCUAUGAGCAGAACUAUAAAGGAGAGCGACGAGACUGGGACCCGGUACGGCCCGACUGCGAAGAUCCUGUACAGCGCAAACGGUACAUUGUCUGUGCCAUCUUGGGCUUCCCGCAGACUCCUGCGAAAUAG